CCUUAGGUGACUGUGACUAUGACUUCUCUCAAUCAUGAAAUAUAUAUCGACUCCAGGCCUAUUAUGAUGUAUGGCCAAGUCAAGGAUUCGGCCUCCAAGUUUGGGAUGCCCCUUUCGCUCGCCGCCCAGCGAGAGAUCGACAGGUCUAAGAUUGGAGAGACCUUCCCUGCUAUGGCCACAUUGGGCACACCAUCUUCCUCUCGAUCGCCAUGGUCAGCUUCAGGUUCCAUAUCAACUGCCUGAUAAUCGAGAAAGAGCAAAGAGUGGUACAGAAAUGGAUCGGCUUUCUGCUGCUCAUCUUAGUACUACCGAAUUCGGGAACCUAUAAUCUUCAAAAGCGAAGUUUCCCUUCAGGUUUUUCGGUUAUGCAGAUUGGUUCUGCUUUCAUGUUAUCGACCUUCCUCAGCAAGUCCUCUUCAUCCGGGAUGGUCGGUUGCACCAUAUUCAUUGAUGGUUUCCUGCAAGAACAUCUCCUGAUGAAAUUCGGGUUCCCUUAUAGCACCAGCUACUCAUAUACGAAUAGAAUUAUCUGGUCGUUAUUUCCUUCUAAUCUUCUCGCCGAAGCUGUGAAGCUACUAGCUAAUGCAACUUCCACCCCCAAUGAUCCUGAAAUCAGCUGGAAGGGCCGCAUGGAACGUGCUCCGAAUGAUACCGAGUGUGUGAUAACAAUCAAUGAAAUCUACCUAUGGCUCCUGGCAACUUUCUUUGUGAGGUUCUUCUUAGCCAUUUACUUUGACAAUAUAUUACCGAAUGCUUUCACACCUUGUUAUUGGACCGAGAAAAGGCCGAACUGAAGGCAAAGUUCAAGGAUGGAUCGGAAUUUGAAGUUGCAUCGGUUCAGUUCCACCAGUGGAGCCUAUAGCCGUAGAUGAUGAAGAUGUUCUCUCCAAGAAAACUGGCGUGCAAGCAAAAAGCAAGAGACGAGCAAAUCAAUCUUAAUAUCGCGGUUCAAAUUCGUGGGCGAUAAAAGCGCGAUCAUGUUGUAUGUUUUGUGGCAAGUCAAGUUUUGAUUUUACAAUUAUGGACAACUAAGAUACAAUCAACCCGGGCGGUGCUGCGGUCGAAGACAUUUUUCAUGAUUUUUUUAUUUAUCAUAAUAAUCUGUUAAU